AUGCGUCGUUUCUUGAAGCAGUUUUCGCCAAGUUCAUCUACUACAGGAAGCGGGGAUAAGUCACUCGCGGCAGGUGGCAGAGCACCCUCUUCAAGGAGUUCACUCGAGAACAUUGAACAGAAUGCUCGCCACGCGCAAGAAUCUUCAGGUGCUAUUAGUACUGAUAGUCUGGGCACGUCUUCGCACACCGGCCAAGAGCGCAUCAAUGGAUUAAUAGAGCUGAUUAGCCAGCCGCCUGACAAGAGCGAUGCUGUUGAUGUCAUUGCUAUUCACGGGCUUAACGGACACCAAGAAAAGACGUGGACUGACACAAAGACCAGAGUCAACUGGCUCAGUGAUGCGUCCUGUCUCCCUAGAGACAUUCCAAAUGCAAGAAUUUUAACCUACGGGUAUAAUUCGACCUCUUAUUUCAGCAGGGCAGAUCCAGACGUUCGCGAUUUUGCAUCAGCGCUGCUCGCUGCACUUAGAGCCAAAAGGAAGACCAAUGCUGAAAAACAGAGGCCCAUGAUUUUCAUCUGCCACAGCCUUGGUGGCUUGGUGUUUAAGCAGGUAGUAAUAAGGGGCCAUGAGCAAGACAGCUUCUAUGGGCCAUUAAUUGAGAAAAUUCGUGGUGUGGUGUUCCUUGCUACACCCCACAGAGGAUCGGAUCUUGCCUAUUGGGAUAGUAUCGGAACGCAAAUCGUUCGUGCGGCAACUCUGGGCAUGGCUACCAACUCAAAGAUAGUGAAGGAUCUGAAAGUGGAUUCAGAGAUGCUCAAGCGCAUCUCUGACUCUUUUGCCUAUCGUGGGGCGGCCUUUAAAAUCCGGAGCUUUUAUGAGACGGAAUUCAUGUCAGGUCUUAAUUGUUGUGUGGUUGAUAAAGACUCAGCUAGGCUAGGAUGGAGCAACGAACUCGACAUCGCAUCGCCGGCCAACCAUUCUGGUAUUUGCAAAUUCAGCUCGCGAGAGGACCCAAGAUAUGAAACGGUCGUGUCUGAGAUAAUCGAUAUGAUUGAUGUAGAAGAGGAUAAUAUUGACCUCACUCGUGAGUCUUAGUUGCAUGACAGAGGUAAUUACUCUAACCUUGC